AUGAAUUAAUUACAUCAUAACAACUCUAGUAUAUUUCCUUUGAUUAAUCAGUUGCCUUUGAAUUAAAAUGAAAGAUAUCUGUAUGCAUAAUUAUAUGGAGUUAAUUACUAAUAAUAACAAUAAUAAUAAUAAUAAUAAUUUAAUUAUAAUUAAGACUUUAAUCCUUAUUUAAGUUCAUUGAAUUACGGCUAUUAAAGUAAUUUUAUUCCAGCAUAUUCUACUAAUUAAAAAUUACCAUAUAUUUAAUCUUAGAUUAUAGAUCCUUUACCAAUAAAUUAUAAUUUAGGAUUGAUGGUUCAUUAACCUUAAAGUUAAAUUAGAUUAGCAUUUGAUUUAUCAGAUUUUGGAUUACCUAAAGAACCACCUAAACCAUAAAGAGUAAUUGUAAAAAAGAAAAUACCUGAACCUAUUUAUAAACCACCAGAAUUUGAUUAUUUUGAAUAAGCGGAAAUCCCUAAAAUAUAUUUAUCUAAUGAAUAAUAGUUUAGAAUUAUUAAAAAUAAAGAAAAUUUUGCUAAAAGAAAAUUAGAGUCUUUGGAUAAGGAAAUUUAAUUAGAAAAGAUUAAAUUUCAAACUACUAGACAUUAAUAAAAUAAAGAAGAUAUUUCAAAUUAAGAUAAACAAAAUAAAGUGGAAGAGAAAUCUUAGGAUGAGUAAUAAAUUGAGAAAUAAAAUGAGAAGAAAAAAAGAAGACUAGCUAAAAAACUCAAAGAAGAUAAGAAUCAAAAAAGAGAAGUUGGAAAUUAUAAAAAACCUUGUAUUAUAAAAUUUAAGAAAGUUGUAAGAAGAGUUAAAAAUAUGUUGUGGUUUGGUUAGAAUUAUAUUAAAACAAUGAAAAAUUAAAUUUAAAAAAACAAAGAAGAAUAAUAAAAGAAAUACUAAAAUAACUAAAAAGAAGUCAGUGAAAUGAUGUAAGAUAAUAUAUUUGAUGCAAUUUAUGAUUUUGUAUUGGAAUUGGUAAAUACAACUGAUUCUUUAACUGUGUAAAUUGGGUAGGAUAAAUAGAAUACGUAAAGUAAAAAAAAAAUAAGUGCAUUACUAGAUAUGUUAUCAACUAAUUUAAUAAAAGAUUUUAAAGUUGAAGAAAUUAUUGUUGGACAAUUAGCAAUGAUAAUGAAUAAUAUUAUUUAAUCAUAUUAGUUUCCACCUUAAAAAGCAUAUAGUAAAUUUGAAAUUUUAAGAAUUCCAACUACUUAAUUUGGUAGUUUAGGAGAAAUGAAUGAGAAUUGUUAAAAAAUGAUUUUGAUGAUAUUUAUUGUUCUAAAAUAAAUUACAUUUAAUUUUAUUUUUAGAGCUUGGGAAUAACAUCCUGAUCAAUCAUAAGAUAAUCAUUAAUAAUUAUUAAGAAUAUAAUAGAAUUCAACAAUAAUAACAUCUAUUAUUCAUGAAUUAAUUAUAAAAUGGAUAGAAAAGAAUGUUCCCAUUCAAAACGAUUUAAAGUUAUAGGAAUUAGAAAAAAACUUUUAAUUUUAUUCUAAACCCUUGACUACAGAAAAAUAAUAGCCAAAUAAAGAGUAUCCAGUCAGUUUCUUAAUUGAUGGAGUUAUGGCUUCUACUUUGGUGUAGAAAUAUAUUAAUAACAAUAAGGGAGAAAAAGAACCAUGGAUUGUAAAAUUUGAAGAUACUAUUUAAAAAUUUAUUAAUUCAAUAUUAUAACAACUCAAUAAAGAAUAUACACAAGCUAAAAAACUAAUUAAAAAAUAGAAAUUAUCUGAAAUGAUGAAUAAUUAUAUUAAUUCUAAAUGA